CAGGUUAUUUGACAAAUCAAAUCUAAUCUUUGCACGGCAUUUUGUCCAAUCACAGAAGCUGUACGAACUGUAAGUUGAAAAAGAACGCCAUCUGCCUCGUACGCUUAUGGUUAGCUAAACUGUUCUUAUCUCAGAUAGCUCUUAUCGAAAAGGAGAGUUUUGUUUUUCAACCGACGGCCUACGGAAUUGUUGUUUAUUUAAUGCGCUCUGUUUUACGGUGCCAAACAUGUACACAAAAGCAUUAUUCUGAUGCGGAGACAUGCUGACAGGAGAACGGACCGUGUGAAACGUUGGCUAGCUCAAGCAGAGCUAGCUAAUGCUAACGCUAGCAAUCCAAGUCCAUGACAACAGUCGGUACCUGAACAUAACAGCUGCUGAAGCCAGAACGAUAAGGACUAACAACUGCAAAGUGGCAGUGGUUGUCCCCCUAGGGCAGAGCCAUGGGUGCAUUCCUGGACAAGCCCAAGACAGAGAAGUACAAUUCGCAUGGUGAGGGCAGUGGUAUACGCUAUGGCCUCAGCUCCAUGCAAGGCUGGAGGGUCGAGAUGGAGGAUGCUCACACAGCUGUGGUGGGACUUUCUGCUCUGGGUAUGACUGACUGGUCUUUUUUUGCAGUCUACGAUGGCCAUGCUGGCUCUAGGGUUGCUAACUACUGCUCUAAACAUCUCCUGGAUCAUAUAAUAAGUGCCAGCUUAGGGGCCAGAGAUGCGCAAGGCAUGCAUGGCUCCCAGACUGGCUCAGACAGUUUCACCAGAGACCAUCCAGUCUCGGCUCCACCAACAGUGGAGGCUGUGAAAGCUGGGAUCCGGACAGGCUUCCUUAGGAUUGAUGAGCACAUGCGCAGCUUCUCUGACCUGCGGAAUGGAAUGGAUCGCAGUGGCUCAACAGCAGUGGGCAUCCUCCUGUCACCCGAUCACUUUUUCUUCAUUAACUGUGGGGACUCGAGAGCCGUCUUAUAUCGCAACUCACAUGUGUGCUUCUCCACACUUGACCACAAACCCUGUAACCCACGUGAGAAAGAGCGCAUUCAGAAUGCCGGUGGGUCAGUGAUGAUCCAGAGGGUGAAUGGAUCGUUGGCUGUAUCAAGGGCCUUGGGGGACUAUGACUACAAGUGUGUGGAUGGAAAAGGCCCGACUGAGCAGCUUGUUAGCCCCGAACCAGAAGUCUGUGAGAUGGUUCGGGCUCCUGAACAGGAUCAGUUUGUGAUUCUGGCAUGUGAUGGAAUCUGGGAUGUCAUGUCCAAUGAGGAAUUGUGUGAGUUUGUGAGGUCUAGACUUGAAGUGUCUGAUGAUCUGGAGAGGGUCUGCAAUGAAGUGGUGGACACCUGUCUGCACAAGGGGAGUCGGGAUAACAUGAGUGUUGUGUUAGUGUGUUUACCGGGCGCUCCCAAAGUGUCUGAGGAAGCCUUGAGGAAAGACGCUGAACUCAACAAAUACCUGGAGUCUCGAGUGGAAGAGAUGAUCUCACGGCCAGGGGAGGAUGGUGUUCCAGACCUUGUGACCGUGAUGAGGAACCUGUCUGCUGAUAGCAUUUUGAAUCUGCCACCAGGUGGAGGCCUUGCCAGCAAACGUGGUGUCAUUGAAGCAGUAUACAACCGCUUGAACCCACACAGAGAGGAAGAUGGGCCCUCCUGUUUCAUUUGAGUGGAGGUGACCUGGAGGACCCGUGGUAGCUGUCCAGCACAACUGCCUGAUCUACAUGAUGGAUCAACAAGGACCACUUUUUCACUCAAGGUCACAUCUGUAAUCACUUAUUUUUGGGUAAUCUGGGCUGUUUUGUGUUUGUCCCCGCUCUGACAGCUUUGGUUUUUGGUUGUUUUUAAAACAUGCAAUGGAUGACUUCCAAAGUGAUUUUUGUUGGUUCUUUUUGUAAAUCAUAAAAUGAAAAUUAAAAAUGGUAACAUAAACCAGAACUCUGUAUAUUAUCAUUAAGAAACCAACAAGCACAGUUUGUGAGAACCCUUCUUUUUUUGGGGGGGAAUUUUUGCUGUGGACUGAUGGACAGAUGGAAUCCACCAUUGUUUGGAUGCUGUGGAGCGCAACACGCUGACUGAUGAUCUUUGCCACCCACCACCGAAUCCACCACUUACAGAUUUUCAACACUGAAGUGGUUUGUUGGCUGUGGUGUGUUUUUUUUUUUUUUUGAAUAGCAUUAUUUGUUUUGAAGUGCUAGCUUUACUCACAGCCAAUCAACCACAUGAGCCUAUGACGUCUUUAAGCCGCACUGUCCAGUCCAUCUUGGGGCUACUAACCUGGUACUCACUCAUGUCUCACUGAAGCCUAGCAGAACUUCACCGCUUCCUCCAGAGCUGAGGCACCGCAUCUCAAAGGAGAGCGUUAUUCAAACGGGGUCAAACCGAAGCUGAGGCGUGGGGCUGCAGAGGAGGUUUAAACUAAAGUCUGGGUCCUGUUGCACGUUGGUGCGGCUCUUCUGUUCUUCUUCCUCUUACAGGAUGUUUGAAGUUACUGAUUUUGUCGUGCCUGCCCUCUUUUUCUUUCUUUCUUGGCCUUUUCUGGAUCUUUACACCACAGAAGAGACUUGGCUGUCACAUACAAUGGCAGCUAAUGAUGGAAUAAUAAGCUUUUGAUCCUGAUGUUGUUUAAUAGAUGGAAAA